GGAAGUGACUUGAGAGCACAGCCACCACCAUGAGCUUCCUCAACAAGCCCAAGAGUGAGAUGACCCCAGAGGAGCUACAGAAGCGGGAGGAAGAAGAAUUUAACACUGGUCCCCUCUCUGUGCUCACACAGUCAGUCAAGAACAACACCCAAGUGCUUAUUAAUUGCCACAAUAAUAAGAAACUCCUGGGCUCGGUGAAGGCCUUUGAUAGGCACUGCAACAUGGUGCUGGAGAAUGUGAAGGAGAUGUGGACUGAGGUCCCCAAAAGUAAGAAGUCCAAGCCAGUCAACAAAGAUUGCUACAUCUCCAAGAUGUUCCUGAGUGAGGACUUGGUCAUUGUGGUCCUGUGGAACCCACUUAUUGCUGGCAAAUAG